CAAAAUUUUGUAUAAUUAAAUUUUGUGUAAGUACCAAUCAAUUUGUUUACAUUCUAAAAAUGACACGCGAUCUGCAAACUGUUGCUCUUAUGGCAUGUAUGAAAAGUCUCCUUAUGGUUUUUAAUUUUACAUUCUGGAUAUCAGGUAUAUUUAUUUUGGGUAUUGGUAUAUACAUGCAAAUAGAAUGGAAAUAUCUAGCAUUAAAUAUGGAAUUAUCUCACUUAAUAUCCAGAACAACAUUGGUGUUUAUUGGGACCGGUGCAUUUAUUAUUUUGGUUGGAUCAUUGGCUUGUUGUUGUACAAUUAAAGGACAAACAACAUUAUUGUACAUUUAUGGAACUAUCUUAGGAAUUGUAUUUGUAUUGGAACUUGGUGUAGGAAUUACAUUAUUUUCAUACCGUUCAAAAUUAGCUGAAAGUUUUGAUAGUGGACUAAACGAUACAAUGGUUAAUUAUGUAAAUGGUAAAACUGAUGUAAUCAGUAAAUUUGAUUCAAUGCAAUCUCUUCUUCACUGUUGUGGAAAUCAUGAUUAUAACGAUUGGUCUAAGUUAAAUUCACCAAUACCUAUUUCUUGUUGUGCCUCGGAGACAACUUGUGAUACAACAUCAGUUGACAACAUUUAUAGACAGGGAUGUUACGAUUUGAUAUUAGACUUCUUGUCAUCAAAUAUUGGAAUAGUUGCUGGAACAGCAUCUGGAAUUGCAUUAUUCCCAUUAUGCGGUAUGAUACUAUCAUUUUGUUUGGGAAGUACAAUAAAAAAAGCCAAAUAUGAAGAAAUGAUUUAAGUAAAUAUUUAAAAAAAGAAAUAUCUAGUCACACGCUAGCGUCAUAUAAAUUUUUAUAUUAUUUCCUAUUCUUAAUAAUAUCAUAAUAAUAUUGGCAAUAGAUCAGUGGCGUUCCAAGACUUUUUUUUUAUGAAACAUACAAAACGUCCUUACUUUUUAAUAUAAAAUAUUAUGAAUUAUGAACUUAAACAAAAGUGCAAUGCAAGAUUUAGGAACUGGGCAUAGGUGUAUCGAAGGGGGUGGGCCAUGGCAGCUACCCCCCUGCACCAGGACUUACUAAUUACUAUUGAUUUAGUAAAUGUACCAAAAUAAUCUUGCCCUAAGCCUCCACAAUGCUAAAUUAGCCACUUUACAGUAUGUAAUGUAUUAUUCCUCGUGUAUGGAACAUAAAAUUAUCAGCAUGCUGACGUGUGACUAGAUACUAUAAGCAUGAAAUAUCAUUAUAUGCGAUUCAAAAUUAUUUGCUUAAUAUAUAUAAAUCUA